AUGGAAUUCCGUCAGUUAGUUUCAAAGCUCAGCAAAUUGGAGAAAAAUAAGAGAUUCUUCAAUAUGGAUAUUGAGAAAUUGCGUGUGAGAUUGUUAAACCAAUACGUACUGGAAUUGCCACUGCCAGAUGAUGGAGACAACAACACUUAUUUCAUCGUCAAGGGCCUCAGGAAUUAUCUUAAAUCGAGAGCAAGAAUUGAUCAAAAUAUCAGUUACCUAACCGAAGACCUUCUCCAGAAGGUAAUGUUCUCAAAAAAUCUACUUUGCAUUGCUACAAUGCAAGGUGUUGACCAGAUGCAGCUGAUAGAUCUCUUGACUCACUAUACAUUCCUAGUCGUCAAUGCCGAAUGCCUGAGAAAAGUAUAUUGGUCUAUUUAUUUUGAAGGAAAGGUGUUCAGUGACAUCCAAUUUGAAAUUUCUCAACUGCAACGCAAGAUUGAGCUUGUUGAUCCCCAAUUUCGUGCAACUUCUGUGCGCGUCAUGAAAGCUUUGCUGAAAGCUUCAAAAGCACUACCAAAGUCACCACUCACUUUUGCUCCUGAGAAGAACAAGUAUAUAGUGGAAGAAUUUGUUGAUUCUCUCCUUGGUGCUCUUAGGCAGAUACUAGAAUGUCAUGCCACUUUUAAAGUUCCUGUGCAGGAUCAUAUGCUGAAACUCCAUCAGGGAAUAAAAUUCAUCAGUAUCCUUCUCUUUGUGAAGCAAGAGGAGUUCUAUGCGCUACCUGACAAAGUGAAGGAUCGUAUUGGAGUUGUGAUCAUUGAUUUAGGAAUUUUAAUUUGCUCCCUUUCAGUGAAUGAAAUCAAACGUGGCUUGGCUAAGGGAACAGAUCUUGCAAUUUCUCGUUUGGUGAAAGAGCUCCAAUUUGUGAUGCAAGAAGUUGCACAAACUCAUCCACCAACAUCAUCAUCACUCGGUUUCCCUAGGACCAACGAGUUGGGCUCCAUUGAUUUCUUCUUAGAAAAUCUCAAGGAAGUAGCAACGUCUGAGGCUGGUUCAAUUUCUUUCCCAAAGGAUCAAAUCCAAAGAGUCCAAGAAGAUGUUAUAUUUUUAAGAUCUAUCCUAUGGAGAAUUAUGAAGCAGCGCAAACAGAACGUAAAAUUACAAGCUCUUUGGAAUGGUGUUAUGGAGGUGGCCCACAAGGCAGAGUUAGUCAUCGACUCCAUUGCGCUUGGGGAUAGACUUGAAUGUUUGGAUGUCAUUGCAGGAGAUAUCAAGCAUAUGAAGACCGAGGCUCUUAAAAUCUCUCACAGCAUCAGGAGUGACAACGAAGCUCAGGGAGUUACAAACAAAUCUAUUCACUUGGAAUCACAAUUCAGUGCGCCAGCACUGAAUGAAGUUCUGGUGGGCCUUGAUAAAGAGGCAAAGACAAUUACAGAUAAACUUAUUAGGGGUUCAAAGCAGCUGGAUAUUGUUUCAAUUGUUGGUAUGGCUGGAAUCGGUAAGACAACAUUAGCCAACACAGUUUACCAUCACCGUUCAAUUUUAGGCCACUUCCAUAUUCGUGCUUGGUGUACUGUUUCUCAAGUAUAUAGCAAGCACAAUUUGUUAGUUCAGAUUUUAUCUGGUAUUGGUAGUGGGAGUCCUGACCAAUAUCUGAAGGAGGACGAAAAUGAUUUGGCUAGAAUGUUGUACCAGGCUUUGAAGAGGAAUACGUAUCUCAUCAUUUUGGAUGAUGUGUGGGACAUUGAGCCAUGGAAUUUGUUGAAAUUAUCAUUUCCAGAUGAUGCCUGUGGAAGCAGGCUUCUCUUCACCAGUAGGUUUCAAAAUUUGUCUUUGCAAUUUAAACCUGAUAGCGAGCCUUACCAUCUCUGCCAUCGUAGCAAUAAGGAGUGUCUUGAAUUGCUUCACAUGAAGAUUGGCAAAGAAAAUUGUCCUCCAGCGCUAAUCAAAAUUUUAAUGCAAGUGGCAAAUAAGUGCAAGGGGCUCCCUCACACAGUUGUCAUUUUUGCUGGAAUUCUUUCCAGAAUGGAGCCAGAUUGCUGGCAAGAAUUUGCAAACAGCCUUAGUUCUAGCACUUCGAUUAAGACUGAACCAUUGGAGCUGAGUUACAUUCAUUUACCCGAAUAUUUGAAGCCAUGCCUUCUUUACUUCGGUGCAUUUCGAGAAGACCAAGACAUUCCUGUCCGAAAGUUGUCAUGGCUUUGGAUCUCUGAAGGAUUUGUCCAAAAGACAGAAGGGAAGAGCUUAGAGGACGUGGCAGAAGACUACAUGAAGGAUUUGAUUGGUAGAAGUUUAGUAACGGUUACCAAACAAAGAACUCUAGUUGGUGCCAAGGCUUGCCGACUUCAUGAUUUGGUACAUGAGUUUUGUGUGACAAAGGCCAAAGAAGAAAGUUUCUUUCAGAUUUUACAUGGGGGUAAUGACCCUUCUACUUCUACGACGCCCUGCCCCCACCGAAUGUUUAUCCACUUGACCAACGGAGAGGAGCUUGAGAAGUCAAGGCUAUUCAUUCCCAAAUUACGUUGCUUGCUCCUCUUUCGUUAUGCUCGUUGGAAUUUAAUAGAGCUCCGUGAUGGUUCCCUUUGGUUUCCGAUAUUAAAACUUCUUAGAGUUUUAGAUAUUGGGGAACUACGUUUUGAUGGCAGUUUUCCAAUGGAAUUAUUGUUGCUUGUUCACUUAAGAUACUUGGCAAUUAAUUUGUUUAUGGAGUCCAUCCCCUCUGCAAUAGACAACCUCUUAAGACUACAGACAUUUCUUGUAAAAGGAGGUAUUGGUGCUAUUGCCCUGCCAAAUACUAUCUGGAAAGUCAAGACAUUGAGACAUCUAAGGAUAACAGAGUCCUCGCUGCGUGGUUUUAGUUUACCCACUGGUGACAUUGAAGACUCCCAGGCUCUAGAUCAUUUAGACACUUUUAGCCUUGCAAUUGACUGCUCUGGUGAAAGUCUGGAAAAGAUACUGAAAAAGUUACCAAGCAUCCGCAGACUAAAAUGCGUGGGAGGAAAAUAUCCUGGAGAUCCUAGUGGGAUUCUCAAGCUGGGCAGUUUGAGACGACUAGAAUCACUUAAGCUACAUUAUUUUUUCUACUGCAAGUUUGAAUUCCCAAUGAAUUUGAAAAAGCUCACUCUCUCAGACAAUGGUCAGCCAUGGAGUGAAAUUUCAACAAUUGGAAAGCUGCCCAAUCUUGAAGUGCUUAAAUUAGGCUACAGAUCCUUCGAGGGUGAAACUUGGGAAAUGCAGGAAGGGGAGUUCUCUAAACUCCGAUUCUUGAAAUUGUCAAACUUGAAUCUUCGCAGUUGGACUGCCAAUUCUGAUAGUUUUCCUCAUCUUGAGAAAUUGGUUUUGUUUCAAUGUCGACAGCUGGAAGAGGUCCCUUCCUGUUUUGGGGAAAGUUCUACCAUUGAAAUGAUUGAGGUGCAAUUUGGUCGCAAGUCUCUUGUAAGUUCUGUAGAAAAAAUUCAGCAAGAACAGAAGGACGCGGGAAACGAGGAUCUAAAGAUCGUUGUUGGAGCCACGUUGGAUAAAGAGCUAAGAUCGGAACGUGAGAGGGAGGAGUUCCUCUGA